AUGUCUCUCUCAGUAUGCGCCGACUGCCUAUCAAGGCUGCGGGUUUUGAACCGGCCCAAGACUACCUAUACCGUUCCAAUUGCAGCAACAACCUUCCCUCGCGUGUCGUCCUUUCACAGCUCCAGCGCUGCGGCCAAAAACAAUGUUCUCGUGAAAUCGAAGAAGGGAGUCAAGGUCAUUCCCCCGAAGCACCGAGGCUCACAAUCCGCAAAAAUGAAGAAGAAGGUCCGAGAGCGACCUAAGCCGCCAGCAAUCGGAGAACGAAGAGCCCAACGACAUCGCAUUGUCCUCAGCAACACUAACGCUCUUGAGGUGCCUGGCAUGGAGGAUUGGAGCAAGGAGAACAUGGUGGACGUUCAAAAUGCAGGACACGUGCUGGGUCUCGACGGUGCCUUGUUGGACAAAUUGAGAGAUUGCAAGGCAUUCAAGACGACACAAAAUUGGAGCUUGUUCCGACGGCCGGCUACGUUGAUUCGGUCGGAGACCAUCAAAAUUGGCCAGGAGAUGCAGGAUAUCAAUCGGAGUCAGGACACCAAGACCGUCAGACAGCUCAUCACCGGCGAGAGGGCUUCGGGAAAGAGUAUCCUCGGACUUCAGGCCAUGUGCAUGGCUUUUAUGAACGACUGGUUGGUUCUCAAUGUCCCAGAAGCUCAAGAAUUCAUCAACAACACCUCCUCUUAUGCGCCGCUGAAGCAGGAAGGCACCCAACCGCAGUCGGAACAAUUAUAUAUCCAACCUCAUCUGACACAAGCCCUCCUCACACGCGCCCUGCACUCGAACGAAGCCGUGCUCAAGACACUCAAAUUCAACCACGAGUUCCCCAAACAUUUACCCCUCAAGCAGGGCACUGCGACUCUCAAGGAUCUCGUGCAACUCGGGGCCAAUGACCAUACCUUUGCCUGGCCCGUGUGGCAGGCUUUCUGGCGAGAAAUCAGUGAACCAGGAGCCAAACCACGUCCUCCGGUCCUUAUCGUCGUCGACGGGGUCGACCACUGGAUGGGACCGAGCAAGUACCGCAGUGCAGAGUACGAGAUCGUCCACGCUCACCAGCUCACGCUAGUCCGGCAAUUUUUGGGCUUGUUUUUCUCCAAACCUGGCGAGUCUCGGCCUUUUGCCAACGGCGGCGCAUUGCUGUUCAGUACGACCGGCUCCAACUCGCCCGCUUAUCCAACCUUCAGCCUUUUGAUCAACCAAUUGCGCGCUCGAGCUCAAAACCUUGAUGCUUCCGCCCCCGAGUUCCCGCUCCCAGCUCCGUACAGCAAGCCCGAUGCUCAUGUUUUAGAAUUAAUGUCUGGCACAGGAGACGUCGAGCUGAUAGACCUCAAGAGUCUAAGUGUGGCCGAGUCCAAGGGUUACAUGGAGUACUUUGUCCGCAGCGGGCUAUUGCGGGCUAAAAUCACCGAGAGCUCGCUUGCCGAACUGAGGGGUCUCAGUGGCGGGGGUGUUGUAGGAGAAUUGGCCAAGCUGGGCAGACGGGCGAGGCUUUGA